AUGUUCUUCAUAAAACAAUUUCUAUUUGUGCUAUUUGCAUUAUCAAGUAAAACAUGUUUUUUACACAAUGUCGCGACAACAACAAUAUCACCAACAAUUAUAUUAAAUAGUAAUAAUAAAUCUUCGGUGACAAAAAUUGUAAAUACGAAUUCUUCAGUAGAUGAAAAAGAAAACGAGAAAAUAUCGAUUUCAUCAUCUGAAGAUAUAAUUAGUAGUGAUACAACAGCUGAUGAAAUUAAAAAUGAAGUAUCUGUUAAUGAGUUAUUAGAAACAUCUAAAGAAUCAGUUGUUAUUGUUAUACCAGAAAUUCAUCAGGGACCACAUUAUGAAAUUGAUUGGAGUUUUAUUGAUAAAGAUACAAUUCGUGUAACAUUUGAUCUAUUCUCUAUUCCAAAAUCAUUAAUUGAAAAUAAUAUAUAUUCCGAAAAAAAUAAACGUAAAUUAAAUCUACUAGCAACUAUGACUACAAUGCCUUCAAAUUCACUUAAAUCAAUAUUUUCAUUAGAAUAUUUUCUUUUUAUUAUCCGACCAUAUAACCAAAAUCGAGAAAUUAUACUUAAAAUGGAAAAAUUAAAUUUAAAAAAUACAACAUUGAAUACAUAUUCUUAUUUUUCAAAUUCAUUAAGAUUAACUUCAUUAAAUCAUAAUGAAAAAUAUAGUAUUUGUAUCUGUUAUUAUCAAACGAAUAGUUCAACAAAAACUCCAGAUUUACUUCUUUGUCAAGAUGUUAUCAAUGAUUAUGCAAAAUUUGCUCAUUUGAGAGCAGAUCCAACACAUGGUCUUUUCUUUAUUACAACGCAGUAUUCAAUUAUCAUUGGCUUACUCGUCGUUUUACAAAGUAUUUUUUCAAUACGAAAACGACGUAUAACUCAAUAUAUUACUCAACAUUUAACAACUACAGCACACAAUAUUCGUACUACACUUUCAUCAGUUAGUCUGGGACGGCAAUCAUGUUCUUCAUUAGAUGCGGCAGCUGAACAACAGCAACAUUCAACAAAAUCUCACACAACUCAACGCGAACCAACGAUUGGUGAAGAAAAGAAAAUAAAAAAACGGAUUAUAUCAUCGCCAGCUAUUGUAAUUAAUCAACUAUCUGUGCCCACAAAUGAUGGUGCUACUAGUUCCGAUGAAACUGAACCAUUCCUUAAAAAUAUGCCGAGCAAAAAUCAUGUACAUUUUUUACUUGGUCCAGGCGAAGGAUCUGAUAACGAUGAUGAAGAUAAUGAGAAUGAAGAUGUCCACAACAAUAAAUCAUGGAAUCCACAAUCGACACCAACACAUGAAGAACCUUAUCAAGAUCAAGCGGACGCUUUGUUGUCCAUGGCUCAUAUAUUGGAUACAAAUAAACCAUGGUCUCGGCAUAGUCAACAUACGUCUCCAGUUUGA